CGAGAUUCACGCUCCAUCUCUAAAAAGAAAAAAACGGGGGUCUCUCUCUCUCUCUCUCUCAUCACAGACUCAGCUGACGCGGCGCAGGGAGCUCAUGGACACGUAAAAGGGGCUGCAGGCAUGGAGCAGAGGUGAGAGUCAGUCCAUGGAUGUUCCACACCUGCACCUGCACUGCACCAGCAUCAUGAAAAGCCCCAUCCUACCACAGACUCUGCUAUAGCUGCCAUCUUUACUGUCGCCAUGGUGAGAGAGAAAGAGCGAGAGAGAGAGCUCCUGGACCUUGACUCUGUUGCCAUGGUGACCUUGUAGCAAGAGGGAAGCAACAGUCGCCAUGGGAACGUCCAGAAUGUUCCGCGUCUUCGUGGUCCUGGGCUCAGCCUUCAUGAUCCUCCUCAUCAUCAUCUACUGGGAUGAUGUCGGAGUUUCACAUUUGUAUUUGCACACUCCCGUUUCGCCGGGACCCAAAAUUCCCCACGGCCCUCCCCCACAGCAGUCUCAGACCUCCAGAACCCCGUCUUUUCUGUCAGACAUCGAUGCCUUCGUGAACCAGUUCUUAGAGCCGGGAACUGGUGAGCCCACUGACCCAGUACCCCCGGACACGAGUAACCAAUCAGAGAAAGCAGAAGAGCGGUACAUACCAAGACGGGAGUGGAAGAUUCACUUGACUCCUGUAGCAGCAGAGCUCAGAGAGAGACAGGAGCAGCGGCGGAAGUUACUUCAGGAGAUGUGCGCCAAUGACAGCAUCGCGUUUCCUGGCAAAAAUCGUUCAUUUGAUGACAUCUCAAACAAGGAGCUGGAUCAUCUAAUCGUGGACGACAGGCAUGGUAUUAUCUACUGCUAUGUUCCUAAGGUAGCGUGCAGUAACUGGAAGCGCAUCAUGAUAGUCCUAAGUGAAAGCAUGCUGCAGGACGGCGUCCCCCAGAGAGACCCGCUGGCCAUCCCCAGAGACCUGGUCCACAACAGCAGCAUGCACUUCACCUUCAACAAGUUCUGGAAACGUUACGGCAAGUUUGCAAAGCACCUUAUGAAGGUGAAGCUGAAGAAGUACACCAAGUUUCUCUUUGUGCGGGACCCCUUUGUGCGCCUCAUCUCAGCCUACAGGAAUAAAUUUGAGUUACGUAAUGACGACUUCUAUCGGCGCUUUGGACAGGUCAUGCUGCGCCGCUACGCCAACCAGCCCACACCUCCUGCUUCUGUGGACGAGGCUUUCGGUGUGGGUGUCCACCCCUCCUUCUCCAACUUUCUCCAGUACCUCCUGGACCCUCAGACAGAGAAAGAAAUGCCCUUUAAUGAGCACUGGCGGCAGGUGUAUCGGCUCUGCCACCCGUGCCAGAUACAAUAUGACUUUGUGGGCCAUCUGGAGACAGCAGAGGAGGAUGCAGAGCACCUACUACGACAGCUUCGGGUGGAUAAUGUUGUGGAGUUUCCCAACUCUCAUAGGAACCUCACAGCCAGCAGCUGGGAGGCUGACUGGUUCAGCACAGUGCCUAUCGAGGCGAGAAGAGAACUCUACAAGCUGUACGAACCUGACUUCAGGCUCUUUGGCUACGACAGGCCUGAGUGGAUCCUCAAUGAGUGACUCAUGUUUCUACGAAGCUGAUCACACCACACACAGACCCUCACAAUGUUUUUUAUGUAAUGAAUAUCACCACACUCCGACAACUGCAACACCUCCAGUUGUCCUCCUGUCAUGUCUGUUUCUCACUGAGUGUGCACAUUACUAAGGAUACUCACUCCUCUGAGGAAGCACAUUUAUGAGGCAAAUCCAGGGAAUAGCAGUUAUUAGAUUUUAUGUUCAAUCUCAAAUUUAACAAGAAGCACACAAGAAGGAGGAAAACAUUUGAAUUGUGGAUUUUUGCAGACAGCAAAUACCCCUAAAAUGAUGCACAUUCAGUGUUGUUGUAGACUCAAAACUGAGGUUAGGAAUCCACCUGUCCUCUGAGCAUGUUGCGUAAUACGACAUAUCCCGCUCGCCCUUUUUUGUUGAAGCCUUCAAAUUCAAAAUGUGGCCCAAUCUGAUCAUUUGUACUUCAGCAACCACCUGACAAUCUUAAGUAGCACUCUGAUAUCCCUCUAUACCGGCCUUUUUCUGUUAAAAUCCGUAUCAGUACUGUUGGUAAAACAAGAUAUACUGUAGCUCUGAGUAUCUAGAAAAGCCUGGGACACAGGUUUAGGUUGAAGCAAAUGUUUGUUGCAACCUUAUUGUCUCCCCAACUAAAACAGUGUUGUUUCUUACAAUGUCGAUAACAACUUUUUUGCUUUGUAGGGAAGAUUAGGGCCUGUUAUAUUUUUUUUCUUGGACUCUGAGAGUGAAGUCAGAAUUUUUAUUUUUUUAUUUUUUCGGAAUUGUAAGAUUUUUUAUUAUUAUUUUAGUUCUGUUUCCAAUUGUCCAGUUUGAUGAAUUAAGUCUGUCUUACCAGAAGUCUGAUUAGACAAAGUCAAAAUUCUGAGAUUAAACUCAGAAUUCUGAUUUUUUUUUUUCUGAGAUUUAUCAAAACAAAGUUGACAUUCUUUCCUCAUUGUUUUAGUAGAUUUGAUACUAAAAGGACAAAGAGCCACAGAACAUUUGUUUUGUAAUUCUGACUGCUUUCUUACAUAACUCUGAAACUCAAGUCAGAACUUCUAUUUUUUUCGUAGAACUCUUGGAUGAAAAUCAGAUUUAUGACUUUGAUUUCAGAAUUCAGAUUUCUGAGAUUAGUGUAAAAAAAAAAUCUCAACAUUUCCGAUUACAGUGACAAUUUGCAAAUUCUUCCUCUGAAUUUUCUGCUUUAAGAAUUUUAGAUUUUUUUUCUGAAAAUUCUGUGAUAAAAUCAGAAUUCAGAUUUUUUUGUCAAAAUCUUUUCAUUUCAGACCGGUCUCCAAAUUAUUACAAGAAAGACAGAGUUCUUAACUAUUUUUUUUAUUAGUUGAUUUAAUCUAAAAGGACAAGUGCCACUUAGAGGUGAGCUCUUUUUUAUCUUCUGACUUUUAACUUCUUAAUCUGAAAGUCAGGAUUCUGAUUUUCAAUUAAGAAUUUCAAAAUGUUUCCCCUAAAACUCUGAAAUGAAAACCAUAUUCCUGACUUUGAUUUAAGAUUACUGACUUUUUCUCUCCGAAUUUGGAAAUUAAAAAAAAAAAAUUAGGUUUUUCAAUUCAGAAUUCCGACAUUAUUCGUAAAACUUAAAAUCAUGUUGUACAAGCUGUGGCGAACACACAGGUUCUAUAGCAGGACUUCCCGGGUGAUGUCAGGAAUUUAUACCCGUGUGAGUUGGUGAUGGUUCUCUUAUGGUUUGACCUGUGUUGUUCCAUCACAGAUGCUUUUAUCUAUAUUGACCUGUGAUAAUGCCUUGGAUGGAGUUGUAGGUAUCCGUGAUUAUGACAGUCAGUGCAUCACUCCAGUUAUCCCUGAAAUGUUAUUGGUUGACAAAUGUAAUGUGUGAAAACUAGCAAAAUAUCAGCAACCAGUGUUUCUCCACUAACAUUAUUUUUAUUGUUUAUCACACUUAAAUCCUUUUUUCUUAUUGAUCUACUCCAAUCUAGAUAUUGAUAAGGAAGAACUGGUUUUGGUUUAACAUUAUCAGUUCAGAUGCAGCAGACAGGAACCUGAAUGAAGACUCGGUGUGACAGUAUAUUAGUUUAAAGUUAGAGCUUUAGUUGUCUUUUAUUUUACAUUGAAAUUUUACAGUGAAAUGUUUAUCUGCAUGAAAGGGAUUUUUUUAUGUUGCAAAAUCAUGUUGACAGCUAUCAUUAUCAGAGCAGUUCAGUUUUUUUGUACCUCAUAUAAACAACCUGCUAUGUUACAUAUCACAAACUGCAGAGCCUUCAAAGCUGGCUUCUCCAGACCUGGAUCAAAAGGCUCAAGUUUGGCUCACAUGCUUGCUUUGGUUUAACAUUUCAGUGUGCACAUGCUAAAUUGUGACCUCAUCUUCAGGAAGCACAUCAACUUCAGAUCUGCAAAGCUGAAUUUGUCUCAGCUUGUUUUUCUUAAGCACUAAACUGGAGCUUCAACAUUCUUGUGUUUUCACCUCAGCUCGAUGUGCACAGGUGAGCCUCGGUGUGUUUUAAACGGCCAGCUCUCCAAAAGGGAAUAGCACUUGCAUCGCCUGUCUUUACUUUGUUUAGGUCAACUUUUCACCUUUCUGCUUCUAUGUUUACGCACAGGCUGCGUUUCUACUCGCACUGCUCCCGCUUUCUGGAUAAGAGGAAUAUUUCUCUGUUUUUUAUGGCAGCAUUUUCAUGGCAUGCAGUAUCCUGUAGCAUGGAGCGGAGUAUUUUACAUGAAGUUAUCGAUGAGUAUUUUGAGUAUGUGCGAUGUAAUGCUUCAAGUUUGGCUGAAAGUGUUUUAACUUGAUGCAAAUUAAGGGUAUGGUAAGUGUUAUGUCUGUUUCCAAGUAAAGGUUUCAUCAGAGGAUUGUCAGGAUUCUACACAUCAUGACAUGAGAGUGAAGAUGAGAUAGUGCCUUUGGUUGAAAAAGUUUACACAGCAAAAAAGUAUUUUUUUAGAGGGACUGAAUUUUUACUUUGAACAAAGCAGUGCGAGCUGUUUGAAGCCACAACAAGGUGUGUUUGAUAUUCUGCGCCUUGUUUCUCAUGUGUGGUUGGAAAGAAAAGGAGAACACAGCCCUUCAGCAGAACUAUCACUCCGUCGUUACGACUCUGUGAGGACUCUUUUAGUUCACUUGUGGAUUUCUCUGUGUAUCGUUUCACACACAGGAUCACUGUGUGGUUUGUACUGUAUGUGAUGUCAUGGACAUGCUGUGUGCCACCUGAUUCUGCAAGUCACUAAAGAUGUUCAUGUUCACACUA